UUCAAGUGAAGGACACAACAAAACUUUCAGAGAAAUAUGUCAAGACCAUGGCUUUCUACUUCGACUUAUUCAGUAUUAUUCCUACGCAGAUCGUAUACGUCUUCUCAACAAGAAACAUGGCACUGCUGGCCCGGUUUAGCAAGUUCUGUAAAGUUCACCGCCUGGUGAAGUGGCAUGAACGAACCGAGUGCAGAACCAACUUUACGACCCUUUGGCGAGUGAUAACACUUUUAACUAUCAUGCUAUUGCUCAUUCACUGGAACGCUUGCCUUUACUUCUACAUCUCGACUAAUGCCAUCACACAAGAUCCCCGGACCAAUCGUUACCGCAGCAGCUUCUUAUUUCCGAUUGACACGGACAUUAAUGGAGCUAAGAACAAGUACGGGAGCACUGCAAUGAAGUACGCUAUGACACUCUACUGGUCCACUCAGACUAUGACAACUAUUGGUUCGGUGAACCCGCCUGAAGAAUUCUGGGAGUACAUUUAUCUGACAGUUGUACUCCUGGUUGGGUUCCUGAUUUUUGCUUCAAUUGUUGGUAGCAUUGGUAGUAUUCUGGCCAACUUAAGAGCUAAUCGAAAAGUCUUUCAAGAUAAAGUUGAUAGUCUCAAGGAAUAUAUGGGGUACAGUAAAGUUGACAAGAAGUUUCAAAAUAGAGUCAUUCGGUUGUUUGACUUUUUAUGGGCACAGAACCGCGCUUUUGAAGAGAAGGAUGUAUUGAAAUAUUUGCCAGAUACGACCCAAGCUUUACUCGCUCUGGAUGUACAUUUAAAGAUCCUACAGCAAGUGGAGCUGUUCAAAAAUUGUGAGUUUGGCUUCCUUACCCAGCUGGUGAAGAAACUGAAACAUCAAAUGGUCUCACCCGGAGAUUACAUCUGUAGAAAGGGAGACAUUGGCAGAGAAAUGUACAUAGUAAAACAAGGAUUGCUUUAUGUUUCCACAGAUAACGGUCAGCUCUUAAGUGUACUCACAGGCGGCUCAUACUUCGGAGAGAUAAGUCUGAUGAACGUGGGGGAAAACAACAACAGACGAACUGCCCACGUUCGGAGCGUUGGGUUUUCUGACCUGUUUUGUUUGAAAAAGGAGGAUCUGUUGCACGUCCUAAAUGACUACCCUGAGAUGAAGGAGGUUCUCAAGAGUGCUGCAAUAAAACGGCUGGCUCUGAACGAUUAUCCUGAAAGAAAACGCCUAACUCGGAACGGUUAUCCACAGCAAAGCAAAGAGAUCGAGGACCAUGAAAAAAGGGUCACUUUUAAGGAUACUGUUGAACAGACAGACACCUGGAAUCGGAAGAAGAAGUUAGAGGAUCUGGAGAAGCUUGUGCUCGUUCUUACUAAAGAGACAAAGAAAACCAACAAGAGGGUGGUGAGACUGCAGAAACAGCUGGCUAAAUGCACGCUGGCCCUAACUCCCGCAGUGACUGUGACCCACGUGACAUGACCCAUGGGUCAUGUGACCCACGACCUGAUUUACAGAUCAUGAGUCCAACUGAGGAACCAACUGAGAAGUUGCUGAAAUAAUUGUAUUUACUGUGAAGUUAGUUCCUGUUACUGGUAACGUUUUCCAGUAGCAUUUUACAUUGACAAGGCUCACCAGGACAAGAACCAGGACAAAUAAAUUACGUAACG